GGAGCAUCACGUACCCGCGGGGCUGCUCUCGUCCGCGCCACCCCCGCGGUGGGUCCCGGCCCUGCCUGUCUCGGCCCAGGCUGGCAGAGCGGGCGCUCGCGGCUGUGGGCGGUGCGCCGUAGCGAGGCGCAGCCCGCGGCUCGGAGCGUAGAGGGAGGGAGGUCCUCUGGUUGGACCCACCGCCCCCCAUCCUGGGGCCUGGGGAUUACCCCUGGCCCCAGCCUCCUGCUCGUCACCACCACCCCUAACCUCUCCGGCUGAGCUCCACACCCCAGAGAGGAUUAACACCCAGGGACGCAGGGAGUUCCCUUUAUCCAAGGAGCUGGCCACCUGCAUGGGUAGCAGGGGCCACAGGCUCGAACACUCCUGAUGUCAGAAGGGACUGGGCAGGUUGACUGACCACAGACAGUCUCUCAGCCAGGGCCCUCUCAGCAGCAGCAUGAACUCCAGGAUUCCAUCUGCUAGGGGCUGGUUCAGCAGCUGCCCACCCACCUCAAAGCCUGACCUGGAGCCUGCCACAGAUGGGCCAGCCUCUGAGACCACCACCCUCAGCCCAGAAGCCACCAGCUUUAAUGACACCAGAAGCCCUGAUGUGGCUGGUGGCUCGGCUGGUGUGAGCACAAUGCUUCUGUCCUUCGGGAUCAUCACAAUGAUUGGCCUGACUGUGGCCAUGGUUUUGUACAUCAGGAAGAAGAAGAGGCUGGAGAAGCUACGCCACCAGCUCAUGCCCAUGUACAACUUCGACCCCACGGAGGAACAAGAUGAACUGGAACAGGAGCUGCUGGAGCACGGGCGGGAUGCUGCCUCUGUACAGGCUGCCGCCUCCGCGCAGGCCACGCAGGGCAAGACCACUCUCCCCUCUCAAGGCCCACUGCAGAGGCCCACCCGGCUGGUGUUCACUGACGUAGCCAAUGCCAUCCAUGCGUGAGUGGCCCAGGAACAGGCCUGGACCUCUGAUGAAGACACUUGCCACAGUGCCCACAGAGCUGCCCACUCCGCGAUUGUUAAACCUACUCUCAGGACCUGCCCUGCUGAGGCCCCAGCUGUUCUGAGGACCCACCUGCUGACUCUCCAGGCUCUAAGAGAGGCUGGGCAUCUGGCCACUGACGACCCCUGAUCUGAGGGCCCUGGCAUGGAGGGCAUCCCUCCUGUCAGGAAGGUUGAGAGCCACUGCUGGCUUCCUUGUGUCCUGCCCAGACCCCUCAUAUCAGGGUCUGCUCCUCUAAUGUGGAGGAAAUGUGGGGAGAGUAGGAAGGGUCCCCCUCUGUCAGGGAGAGACCUGUCUUUGAAGUCUGGAGCCUCCUCUGGGUUGGGAAGAGGAACCACCCAGGUCUUGGGAACAGGGUGUCGUGGCACCCUGGGAGAGGCCCAGGGGUGGAGCUGAAACUGCCCAGUGGGCAAGGAUGCCAGAAGGAGAGCUGCUUGUACCCAAGGUCCAUCCAUAUUACAGAGGGUCCAUGAGGUCUCCCAGCCACCCCUCCCUGGCAGCCAGUUGUUGGCUUGGCCCAAGCUAGGAUGGGAGCUGAGGGCAAAGUAGGGGAACCAGUGUGGAGGGCUGCAGUGCCCAGACCUGCUGAAAGGCCUCAUGCAUAUGCAUGAAUGUGCCCAUGUGCAGACGUGUGCCUGUCCCAGCACAGGGGGCAGGAUGGAGAUUCUGCUUUGGCUUCACCCUCCAAGUCGACCCCCACCCCGUGGUGUGUGGAGGAGCAUUGUGGUAGGCCACCUUCUCUGCCCUCAAUGUUCAGGGACUGAAGGGAGAGGGAUGCAAAGGUGAGGGUUCUGCUGCCCACUGCAUCUCUCCUCUGGGCUCUAAAAGCCAGGUUCUGAAACCAGGUUCUGGGCUCUAAAAACUUGCUUCUGAAAACAGUUCCCUGUCUUGGUGUAUAUUGGGGAUCUGGGGUUGGGGGAGAAGCUAUUGGUCCAAGAGCAGUGGUCACAGGCUGCGGGCCAGCAGGGGAUGUUCUGACUUCCUGAAACGGGGUGGGGAUGACCCCUUGGGAAACAGACCUAAGUAACCUAGUCUGUUUUUUGAUCACAUAGCCCACCCACCCAUUGUCCACCUAUACCAUACCCCUCUGGAAUUCUUAUACCAGUCUGGGACAUCUGCAAGGCAUUGGGCCAAGCCAAACCCCAAGAGCUGGGCACUUUUUCUACACUGGGCAUGCAUGCGCACAUAAGCAUGCACAGAAGCAUGGCCCUGUGCCCAGUUUCACCACCAUCUCUGUCCUCUGCUGGUUGGAGGGGAUGCGAGGGCGGCACGUACAAAUCUUCUGUUGGGCAAAUACCACGUGUCAGGAUGUGAGGGCCUAGGAGGCCUGCAUGGGGAAGAUUCUGGAUUUAUUCCCUCCUCUAGUUGCUAUAAAUACAUUAGCACUUGAGCUGACUGGAGGGCCGGCGGUAAUUUAGAAUGCACAGAAGCUGUAAUUUAACUCACAGCAUCUCCAUGUGAAAGCAUUAAAGAUGUAACUAAGAUGUUUACAGGAAGAGAGUGUGAGCCUGUGACGCUCGGGGUGUGAAACCCCAGGAGGAGCAGAAUGAGUGAGGGGCUGUGGGGGGCCGGGGGAUAGUAGCUAGGAUCCCAGCUAUGAGAUGGCAGCCCAGUUGGUUUUCCUUGAUCUUUCUAAUGAAAUGCCUCUGGCCCUAGGAUCAAGGCUGCUCUGGGGCCUUGUGUCUCAGCUGUGGAAUGGGGUCACAAUGCCUGCCAUCCCCUUGGGUGAAAAGGUCAAGUGGACAGGACCUUGUGGAACCAGAAGAGGGAGGGGGCUUGAGCCCCAAGGGCCCAGGGGAGGUGUGCCACCUCAGGGCCCAAAGGAGCUGGGUCUGAAACACAAAAGGGAAUAAAAUAAUGUGGUCUUUCCAAAGGCACAAGGGUGCAGGGGAUGGAGGGGGGUGGAGCGCCGUAAGGACUGUGUGUGUGGAAUCCACCUGCAGGGUUCAGAAGGGUUUGGAGGAGAAUGACACUAAGGUGGCCAAUUGUCCUGGUUUUCUCACAACUGCCCAAUUUUAGCAUUGAAAGUUCCACAAACCAGGACUCUAAGUGACAUCCAGACCCUCCCCUAGAGAGCUGAGCCUUCAGGCUAGCAUAAAUGGAAACAAGGAGGGGGUGAACCCCUCAGUUGCAUGGUGGAGAGCUGGGCUGGAGGUGGGGGCUGUGGGACAGGCCCUUGGGUAAGCACUCCACAGGCCACCCACACUGGGGUUAGACAGCAGAGCCUGUCAGUGACAACCUUGGUCUUGGGGAGAGGUCUCCUUCCCUCAGCAGACUGGCAGAAGGAUUUCUGAGGGCCAUGGAGGGAGAGGAGAAGGAGUGGGUGGGCUGUGUGCUCCCUUCCUGUUGGGUAGCCCCUCAGCCCAAGAAUAUGGGAGCUGCAGAAGACCCAAUGUCUGGAGCACCCUAAAAAAUUGGGGCCUGCAGAGUAAGGGCUGGGGAUGGGGCUCCAGGAGGACUCCUGUCCCUAUUCUGUCCCACUGCCUGUCCCAUGCCCCUUUCCCAGAGGAUGGGCUUGGUUAGGUGAUGGACACAGGGCAGCUUUCUGUGGGUGAUGGGAGCCACUUCCUCAUCCCUUGCCCUCUCACAGUCACCUCCUCUUCCCUUCCACCUGCCUUCUGUUUUCUAGCUUUCUUCCCCAGUCCUGGAGGAAAACCAAAUGCCCUGCAAGUUCCCAGGUCUUCCAUGGAGUGUGGGAUCCAUAAAUAUUGGGGUGAAAUGUUCCGGUUGACAUGUCCUCCUUGUAACUGUGGGCCUGGCGGGCCGACCAGGACUCUCCUCACUGCCCUCAGCCAGGCAGAUAGAGUGACAUAGAGCUGCUGCCGUUACUGCUCCUGAAAUGACCGUUAAAGGGAGCCCUUGGGAAAUGCCCCUGCGCAACACACACACAGGGAUAAGUGAAACCCCUCCUGAUAAACAGCGACCCAGGCUUCAGGGCAGAAGCUGUGGCAGUUUGCGGUGGGUGGUGUCAGGGUAGAUGUGGAUGGGUGCCUUCAGAGGAGGCCAUCUUCUUGUUUAAUAAAGUGAAGUGUCACCUUCAA